CCCGGGCUGCUGGGCCUGUGUGCACGCCCGAUAGGGAGACGGGGUUUGUUGAUAGCCACAUGGCAGCUAUUGGUUGGUGAUGUGUGUGUCCCGCGACGCGUGGACAGGGGAAGCGUCGGCUGAGUGAAUGAUUGGAAUUUUGUGCGAAUAGCGGUGCAGCGUUUUUAAUACGUCAUGGCGACGGAGGCGGAAUUGCAACGGGGGGCUGAUGAUUGGCUGUCUACCCUGGAGACGGGAGGUCGGUGGCUGCAGGCGGUGGUGAGGUUUUUGUCGUACCAGCUGCAGAAGGGGUUGGUGAAUGAACAGGGGGCGAUCAUGUUGGUUGACUGGUUGGAAGCCCGUAUUCAAGAUAUGCUGGAUAUUCUGUGGGAGGUGGAGGAGGGGCCGGCUCCACAGUUUUAUGCUUACAUGGAUUGGAGAGGGGUGGGGGCAAGGAUGGGAGUCUGCCAAGCUCUUUUUCGGGAGGGGCGAGACCUGCGCUACCAGCUGGAGGAUCGCCUGGCAAUGGAUGACAAAGGUGUAGAUGGGGAGCUACUUCUAGGUCAUCUUGGCUGCGGCUUCAGGACUGCAUGCGGGAUUGAUGGUCAUCUGCAGCUGGCGGGAGAUAGCGUCUACACUGAAGAUGUGACUGAUUACACCUAUACUGAAGAUGUGACCAAUCCUACUGGCACAACAUCAACACCAAUGGUUCAAUGGGUUCGGUGCCCGAUGGGGAUUUGCAAUGCGCCUGCCACGUUUCAGCGAGCGAUGAACAUGAUGUUCCAGAAUUUUGUCAACAAGACACGGCUGACGCAAGGGAUGAUUAACUUCUGCGUAAUCGUGUACAUGGACGAUAUCCUGGUGUACUCGAAAACCUAUCACGGGCACGCGCAACACAUCGAAUGGAUAUUGGGCGCGUUGAGAGACGCUGGGUUCAAGAUUGCGCUUGAGAAGAGCAAAUUUUUCCUCUCGGAAAUUUCGUUCUUGGGUUACGUUGUGACACGUGGAGGAUUGCGGCCGGACUCGAGAAAAGUUGGGGCGGUGAAGGAAGCCCCGGUUCCCACGUCACUGACGCAGGUUCGAGCCUUCCUGGGGCUGGCGUCGUACUAUCGGCGCUUCAUCAAGGGUUUUGUCGCGAUCGCACGACCACUAACAAGUCUGUUACGGAAGGACCAGCCUCUCAGCUGGGACGCGGAGUGCCAGCAGGCCUUUGCAACCCUCAAAGACGCUCUGGCGACGGCCCCUAUUUUGAUUCGGCCGAACCCCUCGAAGCAGUUCAUUCUCAUCAUGGACUGGCAACUAAAGGCUAUUUCCGCUAUUCUAGCGCAGAAGGGGAACGAUGGGGGUGAACACGUCAUCGAAUACGCGUCAUGCACCGUACUGGGCGAACGAAGAAACGACUCCGCACCUCAAGGCGAAUGCUACGCAGUAGUAUGGGGAAUCCAACACUUCCAUCCGUAUCUCUACGGACAGAAGUUUCACCUCGUGACAAAUCACGAACCCUUGCCGGCGCUGAAGAAACUCACCAACUACACGGGCAUGAUUGGCCGUUGGGCGGUGAGACUGCAAGAAUACGACUUCGAUAUCGUUCAUCGAAAGACAGAGCGACACGGCAACGCGGACGAGCUGACACGUCUGCAUCGACCUGCCAAGUGGUCGGCUUGUGUAGAGGGAGCCGCAGAGCGCAUCCCGCCGUCGCAGCAACAAUAUUUGGAUCCACGGACGAUUCGUGAUCCUGCCUUCUUCAGGCAUCCUACGGCGGAGCAGUUUGCGGCCAUUCGAGAAGAAGAGGAGGAGGAAGAGAGUACCGGAAGUGACGAAGACGAAGACGGGUUGGAAGAAGGCGGGGACAGCGACGAAGAGCUCGGGGAAGAAGACGAAACCCCCGAAGAAGGAAGCUAUAGUGAGCAUAGCGAGUGGGAACAGAGCGAAGAAGAAGAAGAAGACGAGGAAGGAGAAGAGGAGCACGACGAAGAGCCUGCUGGAUCGAAGUGGGAAGCCGUGACAGAAGAAGCGUUGCGUACGGGUACAUAAGCAGAGGAUCUCGAGGCGGCCCGCAAAAGAGAAGAGAUCGCGGACGGGAAGGAGUUAGAGCUCGCAAACGGGGCGAG